AAGCUCAACUUAGAGAAGCAAUUCUAACUUCCAAAGAAGAAUACGAGUCCAAAAAUUCAAUGCAAGAAGAAGAAACUAUUUUUUCAAGUAAUGAUACUAUCACUAAUGAUAAAUCAAACGUUAAAAGAAAAAAAUCAGGAAUUCAAGAAUUUAAACAAGAUAAUAAAAACUUAAAUAAACGUUUAAGAUCAAAAGUUAGAACUAAAGAUAGUAAUAUUGAAUCCAGUAAAUCUAAUAAAUCUAAUAAUAAUCGUAAGAAACAAAAAACAUCAAGAUUGAAUGAAAUUUCAAAUAAGUCAACAAAAGAUCAACCUGAUUAUAAAUUGGGAAGAGCCUGGUUACAACAAUUAAUAGAAGAGAAAAUAGCAAGACAAUCUAACAAAAAAACCACGAUUCAACAAUCUGAAAAUGAUGAUAAAGAACUUGAUGAAAGUAGAGGAAAUAAAUUACUUCCAUAUGAGAAAAGAAAUCUUUAUAUUUACAAAAAAAUAAAAGCAAGAUAUGAGCACAAGAUUAAGUGUGCAUCGGAAGAAAAUAGAUUUGUUGUUGAAACAUUAAAAGAGAAAAUAAAAGCUCUGAAAGUCAAGAUAUUCUCAACGUUAGAAGAGCUUAAAGUUUUAUCUUCCUCCACUUCUGCUGCUAUUGUAAAAAGGCCAAAACCUGAAUAUAAUCAAUAUCUUGAUAAACUUUUUACUAAACAACCAUGGAUGACUAGGAAAGAUAUGAAAUAUUUAACUGAUUUAUUCACUAACCCAGAAUCGAUCGUCUCAUUUAUUAUAAUUAAGAAAAUCAUUAAUAUGGAAAAUUUUAAUAGGUUCACAGAUGAACAAAAAAUUCGCGUUAUGAAUUUAAUUCCUAGAGAAGACAUCGUACCAAUUGCAAGUAUAACAGGUGAACCUAUUGAUACUCCAUAUAUAGAACGUCAACGUACUUCCAAUGGUGAAACUCUUUAUGAGGCAGGAAUCAAUGGACAAAUUGUCAGCCUUGAUCCAAAAGUGGUAACACCUCGGUUUGAUUUUUGGUUGUCAGAUGAUGUAAAAGAUGCUAGAUGGUGGUGGCAACUUAGCAUCGAGUAUGGAUAUUUUACAAAUUAUGGUGUAAAUCAGCAAUGGGAUGAAUAUGAAAAAUUUAGAUGUGAUCUUCCCAGUUAUUGGAAGAGCGAUGCAUUUGAAGAAAUGUGGGGAGAAGCUUUAAAAGAAGGUGUUGGUAAGAUUCAAUUAGCAGGAGAUUCUGCCAAAAUAACACUUCCAGAUCUUGUUAAAGCAAUGGUUAUCAAAGAAGGUGAUACAUUGAUAUAUAAACGGGGCUUUGCGAAAAUUGACAUUACUGUUACAAUGGAACUUAAGGUGAUAAAAGUAAAUAGAAACAAUGGAUGUAUGACUGUAAGAAUCGGGACGGACGAGAAAACUAAAGUGAUCGAAGAUGUUCAAAGACCAACAAGUUUAGAGAAUGAAAUAUUAGAUUUUGAUGGUAGAAUUCCAAAAGUUUCACGACCACAUGGAAAUGCAUUCAAGAAUUUAUCUAUUGUUAAAUCUGAAAGUUACAAACCAACAAUAUUUGAACUUCGUAAAGAAUAUUGGGCUAAAAGUCAUAAUUAA